AUGGCGGACGAAGAGAGCUCAAAACUCAAAUUUCUUCAAGAAAUCGUUUCUAAGUUCCCUAAAGGUAUUUCUCUUGCAUUUGCGUAUGGCUCAGGUGUAUUUAAGCAAGAGGGAAACAUUUCAGCUGAAAAUAUGAUAGAUUUCGUGUUUGUAGUAGAUGAUUCGUAUCGUUGGCAUGAAGAGAACAUAGCCCUUCAUUCUUCACAUUAUUCCUUUCUCAAAAACUUCGGCACCAACGCUAUCGUUACUACCCAAGAUAGUUUUGGAGCAGGAGUGUACUACAAUACACUUGUUCCCUUCUAUGAUAGAAUGAUAAAAUACGGCGUUAUAAGUUUGGAGAAUUUUCAACGUGAUAUGCAUUCAUGGGAAUGGUUGUACACGAGUGGACGCCUUCAUAAACCAGUCCAAAUUAUUCAUCGUGCUCAAGGGUCUGCCGUCAGGACAGCACUAAAUGCAAACCUCGCGAGUGCCGUUAAUGCUGCUUUGCUGUGUUUGCCCGAAGAAUUCGACGAGGAAGAGUUGUACAUGACAAUCUCCUGGUUUUCUUAUGCAGGGGAUUUUCGAAUGAUUGUAGGUGAAGAUAAAGGCAAAGUGAAAAAAAUCGUUAAUUCCAAUCUACAAGGAUUUCAGGACUUAUAUCGUCCACUACUGUCGAAGAGAAGUGAUUUGAAUCUUUCCACACCGAGAAGGACAAUUCAACAGGAUCUGAGCAAUGAACAUACUUUUUCACUGUUGCAGGCAUUGCCCGAUGCACUUUUAAGAAGAGUUGUUAGAUAUAGUACAAUUGAAGGUAAAAAUGUAAAUGGUAACUCACUGAAUAACAUUGCUCAAGAUAGGUCAAAGUGUGCCAAGUAUUUGCGACAAGGUGUAGUGUCAAUCGUCAUGACGUCCAGCAUAACACAAAGUAUGAAAGGUAUUGUUACUGCUGGUCUUGUUAAGACACUCGCAUAUAGCUCUCAGAAACUGAAGAAAAUGUUUAGGGGAAUGGUAAGGUGAUUGAUGAUGCCAUUCUCGGGAUAAAAACUUGAGGUGAAGCUGCAGCAACAUACAAAGCCACGACCUUGGUUCUGUCCAACGAACAGCGAAACAUAAACACAUUAUCUGCAUCACCAGAAGUCUUGCCUUUAAACAAAGAAACCCUGUCCC